CGACGCUUAUAAGCGUCGGCAUAUCGGAAGAACACGACGACGCUUAUAAGCGUCGUCGGACUUCAUUCCUCCAAAACCCGAUCGACCCCCUCCCUCUAAAGCCCUAAAUCCCCAUCUCACGCCGACCGACUCCCUCUCUUCUCAACCCUUUUCACCGAUCUCAUCCAUUCUCCUCCGCCGAGCGCUCUCCGUCGUCGCGAUGGGGGGAGUCGCUGCUGAUGCAGGCGUUGAGCAAGCGGCGGACGUGGGUCUUCCUCUUCCUCGUCGUCUACUCCCUCCUCCUCUCCUCCUCCUGGAACCUCCUCCUCUCCAUCCGCUCCUGGUACAACUCGGCGGCCGCCUCCGCCUCCUCCCGCGCCGCCGCCGGCUGGAAGGCCCUCUACGCCUCCGUGCUCUACGGAGGGGUCUUCGGCCUGCUCUCCAUGGGGGCGGCGCUGGCCGUGGCGGUGCCGGCCACGUUGGUCACCUGGAUCACGAUCCUCGUGCUACUCGCCCUCUUCAAACUCCUCCUCCUCGCCUUCGGCCUCGGCCCCCUCUGCCCCUCCCUCCCCCUUCUCCCCUUCCUGUUCACCUCCUUCUUCCCUGUCAAGAUCCAAACCAGACCCAAGCCCAAACCUCCCAUCUCUUCAUCGUUAUCCACCCUUCACCGCCUCAUCACUGCCGUCAGGGUUCUCCUCUUGGCCACCAUCAUCUCCAGCUACCGCUAUAGUGAUAGAAUGCAUCCGUACCUCCUCCUCGCCAUCUACUGCUGCCACAUCUACCUGAUCCUAGAUCUCGGUCUCGCCUCCAUUGCCAAGAUCGCCACCGGUCUCCUUGGCCUCGAGCUGGAGCCCCAGUUCAACAACCCCUUAGGCGCCUCCUCCCUUCAGGACUUCUGGGGCCGCCGCUGGAACCUUAUGGUCUCUUCCAUCCUCCGCCCCUCCGUCUACGACCCCGUUCAAGCCCGCUGGGGGCUCGACGCCGGCAUCCUCGCCACCUUCUUCGUCUCCGGCCUCAUGCACGAGCUCAUGUUCUACUACCUCACCUUGGCACUUCCCACCGGGGAGGUUACCGCGUUCUUCGUCCUCCACGGGCUGCUCACGGUGGCGGAGAGGAAGGCCCGGAAGGCCGGCUGGUGGCGGCCGCACCCCGUCGUGGCGGCGCCGCUUGCACUCGGGUUGAUCGUCGGCACCGGGUACUGGCUCUUCUUCCCGCCCCUCCUGAGAGGUGGGGCCGACGCGGUGGGGCUGGCGGAGUUUUCUGCUGUGAUGGGAGUUUUCCAAACCCCCUCCAAUAUCCCAUGUACUUUUUGCUGAUGACAUGCAAGUAGCAAGGGCGAUAGUAAAGGAUAGAAUUCUACUUAAAAUCCCUUGUUGAUGCUUGUUAAGUAUAGCCGGCCAAGCUAUUAAUACAUCUAAAUCCCAUCUUAUCUUCAGCCCAAGAACCCCAAGAGCAAUUAAGUCUAAUAUAUGCAAGGUUUUUUCCAUGCAGGAGAGCAGGGGGUGUGGAAAUAUGUAGGGGUUCCUCUAUUAGGUAUGCCUCUGGCCUCUUUGAAUUUUAAUUUUCUAUUGGAUAAGGUGGCAACGGAGAUUGCAAGUUGGAAAUGGAAGGCUUUAUCUCUGGCUGGUAGAACAACCUCACUCCAACUUGUGCUUUCAUCUAUUCCUAUCUGUUGUAUAUCCUGUGUCAGUGUGCCUUUAUCUAUCAAUACAAGACUUGACAAGGAGCUUUCGGGCUUUGUUUUA